AUGUCAAAAUCAUUAGAAUGGAAUAAUCUAGAUUAUUCUUUACUUCCCUGGAUAAGGACAGGACUGGAUGUUAUGGGCUUUGAGAGCAUGACUCCAGUUCAAGCGUCCACAAUUCCCAUGCUCGCUGGAAAUAAAGAUGUCGUGGUAGAUUCCGUUACAGGAUCCGGCAAAACCGCAGCGUUUGUUAUACCUAUAUUGGAAAAAAUUGUACAAGAGGAGGCAAACUCACCCAAAUUCAAGAAAGCGCACUUUCAUUCCUUAAUCAUUGCUCCAACAAGAGAACUAUCACGUCAAAUUGAAUCAGUUGUUCUAUCAUUUCUGGAGCAUUAUCCUUCUGAUUCAUUUUCUAUUAAAUGCCAGCUGUUGAUUGGUACUAAUGAAGCUACAGUCAGAGACGACGUAAGUAAUUUUCUACAGAAUCGGCCUCAGAUUCUAAUUGGAACACCCGGUAGGGUUUUGGACUUUCUGCAAAUGCCGGCAGUCAAAACGUCAGCAUGUAGUAUGGUAAUUUUGGAUGAAGCGGAUAGAUUAUUGGAUGUAAGUUUCAUCAAAGAUACCGAAAGAAUUCUGAGACUACUACCCAAGCAAAGAAGAACGGGUCUAUUUUCCGCAACUAUGCGUAGUGCCGGCUCGGAUAUCUUCAAGACAGGGCUCAGGAAUCCUGUUAGGAUUACAGUGAAUUCUAAGCACCAAGCGCCCUCCUCUUUGAAAUUAAAUUACUGUGUUGUAAAUCCUCUGGAAAAAUUGCAACUACUAGUCAGUGUUUUGAAUAAUUACAAGUUCAAAAAAUGUAUUGUAUACUUCCCAACAUGUGUGUCAGUCUCUUAUUUCUACUCAUUUGUUCAAUAUUUAGCAAAGAAAAAGAUAUUGACGAGUGAAGUAGAAGUAUUCUCGUUGCACGGGAAGCUUCAGACAUCAGCGAGAACGAAAACUUUAGCAGCUUUUACAGAUUCCCUAAAUAAUUCUGUGCUGUUUACUACUGAUGUAGCAGCUAGAGGUAUCGAUAUACCGGAGGUGGAUUUGGUUAUUCAGCUCGAUCCUCCGACCAAUUCAGAUAUGUUUAUGCAUAGAUGUGGCAGAACAGGUAGAGCAAAUAGGGUUGGUAAAGCAAUAACAUUUCUUAACAGAGGUAGAGAAGAGGAUUUUGUUGCUUUUAUGCAAGUCAAAAAUGUGGAACUUGAAGAGGUUGAUUUUAAAAUUAAGGGUAUCACAGAGAAUUUUUACGAUACUUUUAAGGAUUGGGUGCUUGAAGAUCGGGAUAGAUUUGACAAAGGUGUUAAAGCAUAUGUUGCCUUUAUUAAAUACUAUACAAAUCAUUCUGCAAGUUCCAUUUUUAGACUUCAAUCGUUAGAUUAUGUUGGUAUUGCAAAGAUGUAUGGUCUCUUCCGUUUACCUCGAAUGCCUGAGAUAACGAAAUAUCUAACUACUGAAAACCAGGAAGGAGUUUUCUCAGGAAACUGGCUGGUGGAUCCUCCAAUUAAUAUUAAUGAAUAUAGAUACAAGGACAAAAAGCGUGAAAAGGAGAGGCAAGAAGCCUUGAAUAAUUUAAGUCUUAUAAAUGAUAAGAAGAAGUUGAAAAGUGAGUUAAAAAAGAAGAAUUUAGCUUGGUCAGAUAAAACCUCAACGAAAGAGCGAAAACUCGAGAGGAAGGAAAAAAUGAGUUCGAAGAGGAAGGCCAUAGAGGAAGAACUCAAAGCAGAAGAACUCAUCGAAAAUGACGAGGAGGGACAUAUUCAAGAGGACUGGAAAGAGAUUGUCUUGCAAAAUAAGAGGAAGAAACAUUCCAAUAAUGCCACUCAAGGCAGCUUCGACGAUCUUUAA